GUUCUGUUACGUGGGCAUUAUUAAGCUCUCAGAAGCGAGCCUGCGUGCGUUUGUCUCUGUGUCGUCCCUCCGCUCGCUUUUCAAUCCCGCUCAAGGCGCGAAAACGUUUGCGCGCUUGUUUUUGUCGGCCGCGUUGCGUCUUCGAAGCAUCGCACAUCACUCAUUCGAGAAUGGCCGACGCAAGCUCACCGCCCGCCAAGCCUGAGGGGGAAGCAAAGCCCAAGACAGAGCCCUCGGUGGAGGCGGCUAUGCUGCUCUUCCAGGGCAAGAGGCACCUCAUUGUCCAGGAUUAUACAUCGGCUGUGGUGAGCCUGCAGGAGGCCUGUGAGCUGCUGGCGAAAUUGUACGGCGAGACUGGCAAGGAGUGUGGGGAGGCCUACCUGUGCUAUGGACGGGCAUUGCUUGAACUUGCCCGACAGGAGUCGGAUGUGCUGGGAGAUGCCUUGGAGUCUGAGGAGGAGAAAGAUGACGACGAAGAUGAUGAAGAAGAUGGAGAGGACAAGUCGCAGGAAGGGGAUUCAGCUGGAUCUUCUAAGGGAGGUAGUGAUGAAGAGAGCGAGAAAAAGCAAGAAGAGCAGUCUGGCUCCACUGCAGAUGAGAAAAAGCAAGAAGAGAAGUCUGGCUCCGCCGCAGAGCUGUCAGAAAUUCCAGGCGUAGCGAAUGCGGCGGAUUCAAAAGACGCUGUUGGUAGUGGUGAUGGUGAUGAGGCGGUGGCAGGUGCCGCCCCUGAGGUGAAGGCACAACAGAAUGGUGGAGGUGAUGCCGGUGCUGCAGAAAAUGAAGAGGAUGCGGAAGAAGAUCUUGAGAAGCCCGAGCCAGCGUUAAAGGAGGACACAGAACCACCACCAAGUGAACCUGGAACUUCAACUGGGGGUCCCAGUGGUUCAUCGUCUCCUCCAAAAGAGGAAGACGUUCCCAAUCUACAGUUGGCAUGGGAGGUGCUUGAACUAGCCAAGAAUAUAUUCAAGAGGCAGGCAGAGGAAGACACUGAGAACACCAAGGAGUACCGUCUUAAAGUCGCUGAGGUGCUACUGAGGCUGGGUGAGAUCAGCCUUGAGUCGGACAACUGUGAACAGGCUGUGGAGGACUUCAGCGAGUGCUUGAACAUCCAGCUCGAUCUGCUUGCGCCCGACGACCGCAAGAUAGCCGAAACGUACUACCAACGGGGCCUGGCCUACUCGUUUGGUGGACUGUACCAGGAGGCCAUUGUAGAUUUCCGCGACUCCGUGCGUGUCCUCGAGCUGCGCCUUGAAAAUCGUACCCGGUUUGUUAACGAGAACAAGGACAAGGAGCGCGAGGGCAGCUUAGAGGAUGACCCUGUGUGGGUGGCCGAACGAGAAGUGGAGGAUUUGUUAAAGGUGUUGCCAGAAGUGCGGAAUCGCGUGGAGGACACCGAGGACACCAUCCGGCAAGACUGUCGUGCCCUCAAGGAUGCCACCAUCCAGAAGAUGAGGGAGCGCUUACCCGCAACAUCCCCGGUGAAGAACUCCGAUUCGGGGCCUGAAUCAAGUCGCCCAGUCAAUGUCAUCACACAUCUGAUAAAGCGAAAGCCGGACGCAUUGCAGAGAACGAGUGACGAGGGCGGCUCUUCAGGAAGCUCCACUGCCACGCCCAAAAAGAUCAAGCCCGAGGCCGUCGACACCAAUGGCGAAGCCGCCAGCAAAUCCCUGGCACCGGAAAUCCCGAAGGCAAACGACUGUGAAAAACCUGCUGCGUCUCCUUUGAAGUCUGUGGCAUCUUAGUAGAUUGUGGAUUUUAACGACACAUGCACUGGAGACUGUAUGCCCGCAUAUCGCAGCUAGCAGUGCAUGUAAACAUAUGCCCUUCACAACAUAUACUGCCUUGACCAGCGUGUCGGGGCAGUUGUUAAACCUUCACAUCUGUCCGAGCAGCCGUUACGUAUUUUUAUUAAGUUGACGUUCCAGUGUACCAUUUCAUACUGUAUAAAAGUACCAUUGGCUGCGUUGUAUUUAUGGCUCAAACAUAUAUUUCUGCACGUGGUGUGUUUGCUUG